AUGCCUCCCACCGCUGUCGACAUUGCCUUUGUGUCCGAUGGCACUUUGGCCCUGGGGCACGAGUCCCUCACCAAUGGCACUGCAAAAUUCGCGCCAGCUCCAUCAACAACUGAGGUCACCGCCAACGGUGUUGACCAUGUGGCGUCCGACAGGACUAAGAUUGACAUUCCGCUGAACAACCAGCCCAGCUACCAACCGCGUAAACUGCGUGUGGCCACCAUUGGCGCUGGCUUUUCGGGAUUAACACUCGCCCACAAGCUUCGAUACCAGCACCCUGAAAUGCAUGACAUCGUGGAAAAUGUUAUCUUCGAAGCACGGGGUGAUGUUGGAGGUACAUGGCUGGUGAACACAUACCCCGGGGUGCAGUGUGAUGUUGCUGCCCACCUUUACGCCUUUCCCUUCGACCCAAACACGGAAUGGAGCAAGUUCUACGCCAGUGGCGAGGAGAUCUUUGAAUACAUCACACGAACGGUGAAAAAAUGGAACCUUGACCGAGACGUUCAACUGAACACCAAGGUUGUCGGAGCUUACUGGCUGGAUGACUCGGGCAAGUGGAAGUUGUUAGUCGAACACAAUGGCAUUCAACGAGAGGAAUUCGCCGACAUUUUGGUGUCCGGCCAAGGCUUUCUCAAUCUCUGGAAGUGGCCCGAGAUCGAGGGUCUCCAGUCUUUCAAAGGAAAACUAGUCCAUUCAGCCGACUGGGAUCAUGACUAUGACUAUUCCAACAAACGAAUUGCGGUCAUUGGCAAUGGGUCAUCUGGCAUCCAGAUUCUCCCAGCUCUGGCAAAGAAAGAGGGCACCGACGUGACGAGCUUCCAGCGUGGGCCUACUUGGGUUAUCUCACGCAUGUCCCCUUCGCUGCUCCUGGGUCGCAAUGUGGCGGAAUCGAAUCCAGUGUACACCGAAGAGCAGAAGCGCCGUUUCCGCAUCGAUCCACAGUACCACAACAAAUACCGAAAGGAGCUAAUCCAUCGGAUCAACAAAGCCUUCAGAUUGUUUGUCAGGGACUCGCCCGAGAACCUCGACGCCACCAAAUUUGCCAUCAAGCAGAUGUCAGACAAGCUCAACAAUGAUCCAGAACUGUGUGAAAAGCUCAUUCCCAAGUGGGAACUGGGCUGUCGACGUGUGACGCCCGGAGAGGGAUACCUCGAGUCCUUCUUGUUACCCAACGUCCAUCUCACGCAGAGCCCAAUCACUAAAAUUACGGAGAACGCAGUGCACACUGCUGACGGAAAAGUGUUGGAGGUCGACGUUGUCGUAUGCGCUACUGGGUUUGACGUCUCUCAUUGCCCACAUUAUCCCGUCAUCGGCCGCAAUGGUGUCAGUCUGGCCGAAAAAUGGGCUGAUGAACCCGAAUCGUACCUCUCUAUGGCCUGUCCUGACUUUCCAAACUAUUUUAUCUUCACUGGUCCCAACGCUGUGGUCGGCCAUGGUUCCCUCAUCGAGGGUCUUGGCUGGGUCUCGGAAUGGAUGAUCAAGUGGAUGAAGAAAAUCGCCAGUGAAGAUAUCAAGUACGUGGUGCCAAAGCAGGAAGUGGUGGAUGAGUUCGUCACGUAUGGUGACAGAAUCCACAAGACCUUGACUUGGACGGGAGCAUGCCGAAGUUGGUACAAGAAGAACCGAGUCGAUGGCCGAGUGACCGCCACCUUCCCUGGGAGUGCGCUUCUCUUCAAGCGACUGAUCAGCGAGCUUCGCGCCGAGGACUUUGAGAUCAAAUACCGGAGCGCAAAUCGCUUUAAAUUCACCGGAAACGGAUUCACCGAGUACGAAUUGGACGAUAACAACGACUUGGCAUGGUAUGUUGAGAAGUAGAGAACCCAUAUUAGAUGGUGCAGAGAAGAGUUUGUGCACUAGAGGACGUACAGCGUAGGGGGCUUGAGAACAUGAAAAGAAUCCGGCUUAGAUUGAAA